AUGUCGGGUUUUGCUAAGUACUUGAUGGAAUUAAUCACCAAGAAUAAAACCAACAAGAAUGAAGUGGUGAAUGUGACUCACCGGGUUAGCUUCAUCAUUGCAACAACCACCGUUCAAAAGAAAGAAGACCCGAGAGCUUUUACCAUUCCAUGCACUAUCGGGUUGCACGAUUUUGCACGAGCUGUUUGUGAUAAUGGGGCUAGCAUCACCUUAAUGAAUCUUGCUAUUCACAAGAAAGCGGGGUUAGUUAUGCCGAGGCCUACAAGUAUGAGGUUGCAAAUGGCCGAUUGUUCAAUAAAGAGACCGGUGGGGAUUGUUGAUGAUGUUCUUGUGAAAGUGGUAAAGUUCCUCCUCCCUGCCAACUUCGUGAUCCUUGAUUGUGCUGUUGAUAAAGAAAUCCCCAUCAUCUUGGGGAGACCAUUCCUUGCUACCGGAAGAGCAGUCAUGGAUUCGGAACGAAAUGAGAUCAUGUUCCGAGUUAAUGACGAAGAGGUUACCUUUCAAGCGAGUACGGGUAUGAAAUUGCCACAUGCAUAUGAAAGCAUCUCAGUCAUUGAUAUUGUUGAUGAGUUAUAG